UUGUAAGUAAGUUAAUAAUGGGAUGUCCAGGUAGCAAUCAAAGAUGAACGAGUUGAAAAUGCAGAGAUAAUCGUUACCGUCGUUGUUGUUGGCUUCAUUACAUGGUCGAAAGGCAUGGCGGAUCGCAGGUGGAGUACAGUGGAGCUGCUUGCUCGUGUUAUACUCAUUUUACUGUUUCAGACUGUGUUGGGACAGUUGGAGCCAUUAAAUAAUCGGACCGAGCGAGCUGCGCUACUUGACCUCCGCUCGUCAUUAGGGCUGAGGGCUAAAGACUGGCCGAGAAAAGCUGACCCUUGCUCGGCUUGGACCGGCGUCCAAUGCAGGGACGGUCGGGUCGUUGGAAUAAACUUAUCGGGGAUGGGGCGCACUCGCGUUGGUCGUCUCAAUCCACAGUUCUCCGUCGAUGGGCUCGCCAAUCUUACCCUCUUGGCCUCCUUUAAUGCCUCUGGUUUUUCGCUUCCGGGCUCUAUUCCUGACUGGUUCGGCGAACGCCUCCAUUCACUGCAAGUGCUUGAUCUCCGGUCUUGUUCUGUAAUCGAUCCCAUCCCUUCUUCUCUCGGAAACUUAACCACUCUCAAUUCUAUUUAUCUAUCCAAGAAUGGCCUUACCAGCAAAAUCCCACCUUCGCUAGGUCAGUUGUUGAAUCUGUCGGUGCUUGAUCUCUCGCAGAAUUCGCUCACUGAAUCCAUCCCUUCGUCUUUCUCCGCUCUCACCAAUCUUACCCUGCUAGACCUGUCUUCGAAUUUCCUGUCAGGUCCGAUUCCUCCCGCCCUUGGGAACCUCUCCACCCUUAGAUUCUUGAAUCUUUCAAGCAAUAGCCUCUCUGCCGAUGUUCCUGCACAGUUCGGUGGCCUUUCUCGCCUGGUUGACCUUGAUCUCAGCUCGAAUUCCUUGUCUGGUUCGUUGCCCAAUACCUUGUUUACUGGUCUCACACAGUUGCAGUUUGUGGUAUUGAGUCAUAACAAUUUCUCUGGUACUCUUCCUGUAUCAGUAUGGUCAAUGCCUCAGUUGCGCUUACUCGAUGUGUCAGGAAAUAACUUAACGGGUAUUCUUCCAAACCGGAGUUCAAAUGCUAAUGACACACUUCCAGUGUUUAAUCUCUCGGACAAUCAGUUUUAUGGAACUCUAACUUCCCUUGUCGGGAGAUUCGGUUCUAUUGAUCUGUCUGAUAAUUACUUUCAAGGCAUUGUACCGAUUAAUACUCUGAGUAAUGUUUCUAUUGCUUACAACUGCCUUCAGAAUGCAUCAAAUCAGAGGAGUUUGGAGGACUGUUCAUCAUUUUAUGCGGCAAGAGGCUUGAGUUUUGAUGGAGCGGGAAACACAACCCAACCUCCCUCUUCAGCAGAAACGCACAAUAACAACGGAAAUUUAGCACCCAUUUUGGGUGGAGUGUUUGGAGGACUUGGUCUCAUCGUGCUUUUGGUAUUAGUUUUGGCACUAAUCUUACGGAGACGGGGAAGUGAGAAUGGUGUUUCAGAUCAAAGAGGCAGUGAUGUAAGGCCAGCCCCUGCUGGAAGUAGCCCACCACCUCCUGGAGAACCUAUUAACUUUUCUAGUUUGGGAGAUGCCUAUACGUACGAGCAGCUUCUCGGGGCUACAAGUGAUUUUAAUGACUCAAACUUAAUCAAACAUGGCCACUCAGGAGACCUCUUCCGAGGUGUCUUGGAAGGUGGCAUUCCUGUAGUUGUCAAGAGGAUUGAUGCCAGCUCAGUCAAGAAGGAAUCAUACAUGAGGGAGUUGGAUUUCUUUAGCAGGGUUUCAGAUACAAGGUUGGUGCCCCUUUUGGGUCACUGUUUGGAGCAGGAGAAUGAGAAGUUCCUGGUUUACAAAUACAUGCCAAACAAAGACUUGGCUAAUUCAUUGUACAGGAAGACCGAUUUACAAGAUGACGGUUUACAAUCUCUGGAUUGGAUAACAAGGCUUAAAAUUGCAAUUGGAGCGGCAGACGGUCUAUCUUAUCUGCAUCAUGAAUGUUGUCCACCCAUUGUUCACAGAGAUGUUCAAGCGAGUAGUAUCCUUCUUGAUGAUAAAUUUGAAGUGCGGCUUGGAAGCUUGAGCGAGGUUUGCACUCAGGAAGGGGAUACUCACCAAAAUGUGAUCACCAGGUUUCUGCGGUUACCACAGACCUCUGGACAAGGCCCUUCUGGUUCACUGUCUGCAACUUGUGCUUCUGAUGUCUACUCUUUUGGGAAGGUCUUACUUGAGCUAGUAACAGGGAAGCUGGGCAUCAGCGCAUCUGAUGAUGCCUCUGUAAAAGGGUGGCUGGAACAAACACUGCCUUACAUCAGUAUGUAUGAGAAGGAACUGGUAACAAAGAUUGUGGAUCCAUCUCUCAUGAUAGAUGAGGACCUGCUUGAGGAAGUGUGGGCAAUGGCUAUUGUAGCAAGAUCAUGCCUCAACCCCAAGCCAUCAAAGCGCCCAAUCAUGCGGUACAUUCUUAAAGCAUUGGAAAACCCAUUGAAAGUGGUGAGGGAAGAGAACUCCAACUCUGCACCAUUGAGGACAACUUCAUCCAGGAGGUCCUGGAAUGCAGCUCUUUUUGGUAGUUGGCGUCAAAGCUCAUUGGACACUGCAGCCAUUCCAAGUGCCAUAAGGGAGGGAAGUGGUGUUUUAAAACAGUCAGGAACUACAGGUUCAAAUGGCAGUGGGCAAGGUGGUGGAUUUGAACACUCAUUUUCCCACAAGAGGCUGUCUAAGGAAAUUUUCCCUGAACCAGAUGAUUUUAGGGACAUUGAGAGGCCAGAGGAAGACUAGCUUAAAGGGGUUUGUGAUUCUUUGUUAAUAAUACUGUAGCAGGCUCCCCAAUCCAGUGCCUGCUCAUUGUAUCCUCCCCCCCCCCCCCCCCCCCAAAAAAAAAAAAAAAUUCUUUGGUUUCUGGAUGGGGGUGGAUCACUGGAAGCAAUUCUUUCCCUUAAAAGGGGCAAUGCAACUGUGUAAAGCCUCAACGGGCAAGUCCAAGAGAAUAGUUGGCAAAGCAUAGAGAAUGAUUUUGAGGGCAGUGGCACUGGGUUUUGUAAUUGUGGGUGCACAUAAAAGGAAAGGGAGAGGCUGGUGCCAGAUUCCUAGUUUCAUACUGUUUUCUUUUG